AUGUCCGAAGAAUCCCCAGCUCAAAGAUCGGCCCGCCUGCGGCGUGAGCGCCGCGAGGCCAAGAUCAAGGAAGGAGGGUCAGCACGCCUGGACAAGAUCACCAGUCUGAGCGGACGCACACCACAAUCCGAACGGGAAGAAGCCUCCCCAUCACCAUCCCCCCAACCCUCAAUCGGCGCCUCGCCAUCCCCAGCGCCCCCAAUGCCCCAAUUCCGCGCGUCGCCAUCCCCACAGACAGAAAUGCAAUCGCCCGAGGACCAACGCGCCCAACAAGAAGCUUUCCUCGCCAUGCUCCAACAAUCCGCCCAGAACCAAGCCCAAGGCCAACAACCCGACAGCCAAGCCCGAGCCCUCCAAGCACAGCAAGACGCCUUCCGCGCACUGCUGCGCCAAUCAGCACCAGAGCAAGGACAGGAACAAGGACAAGGCUUCGGCCCACAAGGCAAUGACGCCGAAGACCCCACUAUCAAACUCCUCAACUCCCUCCUGGGCGCUAUGCCCGGUGGUGAUCCUAACACGCCGCCCGGUGCACCACCACCUGCUGGCGCAGCCCCAGGUCCUGGGUCCUCGCUUGCGGCUAUGGCUACUAUGGCGGGUGUACCGCCCUUCCUGGCUAAUAUGCUUGGUGGAGCAGCUGCGCCGACGGAGGCGGAGGCCAAGAGUACUCGGAUCUGGAAGACGCUGCAUACUGUUUUUGCGUUGGCUGUUUCGUUCUACUUGCUUUUCCUGAUUGGGACUUCUGUGUCGUUGUUUGGAAGUCCGCCGCCGAAGCCUGCGACUGCUCAGAAUCCAUUUGCUAUCUUCGUUACGGGUGAAUUGCUCUUGACUGGAGGGAAGGUUUUGUUCGGUGGGAAAUCGGGCGGAAUAGGGAUGGCUGUACAGCUUGGCAAGGAUAUCAUUCGCGAUGGGAAACUUCUGCUGUUUGUACUGGGGCUUGCGUCUUGGUACCAGCCCGAAUGGCAAGCUUCGGUAUCAGCAUAG